GUGAAUAGAAAGUAGGCAUAUCGCGUAAUUAUCACAACCCAUUCCUAAUUUCCAUAUAGUGUGGACCUUGGCCAAUCCCUCAUCGAAAGCCACAAAAAGUCGUCAAGCAUUAUCCUCCAUCAAAAUUACACCGACAUGCGCAAUCUGCACAUGGGUAACACCAUCUAAUAUCCCUUAUUUCACUGACCCCACUCUCUGACUGUUACUAUUUGUUGGCUGCGGAUGUAUCAGCAAAAGGCAGCAGGAGCAACUUUCACGAAACUGACAACAUGUCCCGUCGCAAACAAGCAAAGCCUCAACAUCUCAAGUCGGACGAAGAAGAACUGCACACUGAUGUCGCUUCACAACAUGCUUUACUGGAGGGACUGGACGAGGAGGAGAGCCACAGUGGUAGUGAGGAAACGCAUGUGUGUGAAAAGUGCUGUGGUGAGUUCUUCAGCUGGGCCGAAAUAUAUGAGCACCAGAGAAUCUGCAGUGAGGACUCACCUCGAGUCCUUUUCAUGAAGAAAGAUGAAAGGAUGGCUGGACCUAAGGGAUCCCCAGCUGGAUUCUCCCCAACCCCCAGCCUGGCCCACAGUCUGGCCCCAAGUGACUCAGAAGACUUUCAGUCUGCAGACAGAGGAUUUGAGCGCAUAGAGCAUGUAAACAAUAAUGAUAUCGACAGCACAGACAUGUUCGAGAAGAUGAACAUUGGAGAGAGGGAGGAUGAGUCCAUGGAGGUAAUGCAACAACACCACAACAAACAAAAAAAGUCCCCAAGCCACCAGAAUCCCCUGAAAUCAACAGCAACCGUCCCUUCAUCUCAGUUGUCCGCUGUCACCAGCACAAAUGUGACCCUGGAGAUUCUUCACAGUACUCGUGUAGCUGUGGCGCAAUUCUCCCAGAGCCUACACAGUAGUGGGUCAGUUGGUAAGGCAGCAACAACGGUCAUUCCUGUGAUCCUGGAGCAUCUACUAGCUCUCCAGCAGCAACAGGUCCACCAGUUGCAACUUAUUGAACAUAUCCGUAGCCAAGUGGCCGUUAUGAACCGACAACCUACACAAACAGCACUGAACCCAGUCUCCAGGGCCCUAUCCUCCUUGGCAAACAACCCUUUCCCCUCUCAAGUCUUCAUUCCUCCCACAGUCUUACCACUGUCUGGGACCAUACCCUCUUCAAUCAAUGGGCAAGCUUCUGUGUCUGUGGAGUCUGUGCUUGAAAGGUCACACACACUGUCCUCACAAACUUCAUAUGGACAGGCUCAUAUAAGAGACGUUAGAUGUACCUCCGCUCACUCUGAGCCAAACUCUGCCCCUCCCCCUACUAGCUGCAGCAAUGUGUCUUCAUUGCUGCCUUCCUACACAGGUUCACACUCACACCCAAGUGGUAGCUGUACUCAGACCCUGACAUCUUCCAGCCCACUGACCAUGUAUGGUCAGAGCAACAGUCUCCUCAGCUCACCAUCCAGUCAGCCAUUUCUACCUCAGAGCUCUCAGAGCAGUGUCAUCUUCCCCAACCCCUUGGCCAGUAUUGCAGCGACCACUAAGGCCCUUGACCCGCUCUCUGCCCUGAUGAAGCAGGGUAAGCUGCCCAAGGUGACCAUGUUUGGUACCAAGCCCUGCCCUGAGGAGCCCUUCUUCAAGCAUAAGUGUAGGUUCUGUGCCAAAGUGUUUGGCAGCGACAGCGCACUACAGAUUCACCUGCGCUCUCACACUGGGGAGAGACCCUUCAAGUGCAACAUCUGCGGAAAUCGCUUCUCCACGAAAGGGAACCUUAAAGUCCAUUUCCAGAGACACAAAGAAAAGUAUCCCCAUGUUCAGAUGAACCCUUAUCCAGUGCCGGAAUACUUAGACAGUGUGCCAACGAGCUCUGGUAUUCCUUAUGGAAUGUCAUUACCAACAGAAAAAACAGGUGCCACUUGGCUGGAUAGUAAGCCUGUUUUAGCAACUGUACCAACUUCAAUGGGUCUUCAGGUUUCCUCCACUCUCACUAGUAUGGGAAGCUCAAGUGAAUCUCUAAGUUUCACACCAUCCAUUAAAUCUCCCUGUAGGCCCUCCCCAGGCUCAAGAAAAUGUGUGUCUUUAUCACCAAACACUACAGGAAAUGAACCUAACAUUUCAACUGCUUCAAAGUCUCCACAGUCUAAUUUUGAGCAAGAAGCUCCCCAUGUCUUAAAAGCAAAGGAAAUUAACUUGCCCCAAAACUGCAUGAGUAGACACAGGGCAAGUCCAGUUAAUGUGGCAACACGGAUAGCCUUGAUGACUACAUCCACACCAGAGCCCAGUGCUCCCACAUCUCCUGUCUCCAACUCCUCACCACUGUCAAUACCCUCUGACCCAUUUAAUGACAAAUUUCAAUUUGGUGGUCUCCUGGCCUGUAUACAAACAUCAGAGACCUCAAAGCUUCAGCAACUAGUAGAAAACAUCGACAAGAAAAUAAGGGGCCCUAACCAAUGUGUCCUCUGUCACCGUGUGCUCAGCUGCCAGAGUGCACUAAAAAUGCACUACCGCAUUCACACUGGAGAGAGACCCUUUAAAUGUAAGGUGUGUGGCAGGGCUUUCACCACCAAAGGCAACCUGAAAACACAUGUUGGUGUCCACAGAGCAAACCCUCCUCUCAGGGUUCAACAUUCAUGUCCCAUCUGCCAGAAGAAGUUCACCAAUGCUGUAGUCUUACAGCAGCACAUCCGCAUGCAUAUGGGGGGUCAGAUCUCAAACUCACCGUCAAUGGACCCCCUCCAGGACCUGGACAAAGAUCUCUCCUUUGAGAAGAAGAACUUUGAUAGCCUGAGUAGCUAUGACAAUGAACAGAUGGAUGACAACUCUAUCGACAAGGAAGAGAAUAAUGAUGGAGAAGAAAUGACAGAAAGUAUGGAUGAGGUUGUAUGUCCAGGCAAACACUUGAAAAAUGUCACUAGUUCUCCAACAAACUCAGAGGCUGUUGUCUCAAGUAUUGCUGCACUGGAGAACCAAAUGAAAAAGAUUGACUCCACUGUUUACCUAAAGCACUCCUUUGGGCUGAAAACAAUGAUGAAUGGGUUAAUGGACAGUGAAAGCAGUGCUGGUAUCCACUACUCUGUGGGUGAUGGACAGAACCACAAUGCAGCUGGCAGAACAUCAGUUUCUGAAUCAUCCAGGUUCAUGCAUGUCUCGGUGUCACCAGAAAAAAUCUACACUCACCUUAGCAAAUCCUCACACAGUGGAGUGUCCCAAGAGAUCACAGCCUCAGUGAAGAAGGAGCAAUCUGAUUCACCCACCUCAAAUCCAGUGUUGGAAAAUGGAGUUGCACUGGAUCUGAGAGGGAUGUCACCUAACAGGCAGUGUGUGAAACAAGAGAGACCUUACAGUAUGUUAUUCCAGAGUAUAGAACGUGGUACCAGCCAAAGCAUUCCUGCCCUUGUUACCAGCACUGCGCCGAGCAUGAUCAAAUCUGAAAUGAAUGGGCACAAUCAUCAUCCAAUGAACUUCAACGAGGGGCCGCAAAAUCCAUUUACUCUGGUGAGUCCAGGUAUUGCCUCUUUGCUUGGGCCAUCUCAACCUCGACGAACCACCAAGCAGCACAACUGCCACUCAUGUGGAAAGAACUUCUCUUCAGCCAGUGCCCUACAAAUCCAUGAGCGGACACACACCGGCGAGAAACCAUUUGGCUGCUCCAUCUGUGGCAGGGCAUUCACUACUAAGGGAAACCUGAAGGUGCAUAUGGGCACUCACAUGUGGAACAACGCACCAGCCAGAAGAGGCAGGCGUUUAUCAGUGGAGAACCCUAUGGCCUUGCUGGGUGGGGAGGCUGCGAUGAGAUUUGGGGAGAUGUUUCAGAAGGACCUGACGGCAAGGGCUAUGAAUUUGGACCCAGGGUUCUGGAACCGCUAUGCAGCAGCUAUUACCAAUGGUCUGGCAAUUAAGAACAAUGAGAUCUCAGUAAUCCAGAACAGGGAAAUUCCACAGCUUCAUGCCAUGACAGCAGGCAUGGACAGAGUCAGCACAAGGGGAAGCCCAUCAAUGACCACUCUGGAAAAGACAGCUAUGGACCUUGGAGUUCACAGACACUUUUCUAUGUCAUUUGAAGAAAAUAAAGAGAUUGGGAUCAAUUGAAAUAAACUGAUUCGUAGAUUAUAUUAAUAGAUUAUCCAAACAAUGUAGAGAAUAAAUGAUUGAUUGAUUUAUUUGUUUCUAUAUUGUAUUAUAUACUGAUGAAAAUGUUUUAUUAAUUGAUAGAACUAUAGCAAUUCAUUAUAGUUUUAUUUUACAGUUAAUACACCAACAAUAACAAAUUGUUUGACUUUUUCCAUGAUGCAUUUUGUGGUGCUUACUAGACACAUGCAAUAUUACAGAAAAAGGGGAAAGUGUAAUAUACACAUGGAAAGAGAAUAACCAUAUAAUCAAUAAUCAAUUGCCCAAAUGCUGCUAGCUAGUGAAAACACACAUUUUUUCAUAAGGUCUCACAUAUUUCCAAAUGGUGUGCUAGAAGUUACAAAAGUGUCAUUCAUUUACUUACCAUCCUGGAAGGAACACAACAGUUGAUUAGGACAAAAACAAAAUGUGUUUGUUCUCUUUACUGCCUCUUACAAUUGAAUAGGUUUGAGAUCAUGUAAACAAAUUAUGCAAUCCUAAGGAUAGAGAAUAAUUUCAUAAAUUAAUUAGAUGUAUUCUGUCUUCCUAAAUACUAUUCCUUAUAAUAGUAUGAUCACACUUUGUACCAGAGAAAUUUGCCUCUUUUCUGCAUGAAGAGUACAAAGACGCUAUUUUUCUAGCGCAUUUGGGCAGGAUGGCCUAAAAAGACUGUUUCUGACCUCUCAUUCAAGCAAAACAGACAGAAAUUUCUGAUGAAUGUAUAUCAUGUAGUUCACAAUAUUUCAUGCCUAAAUAAAUACAGGGCACAGUAACA